AUGAGCCAGAAUCAUAAUCCUUUUUAUUUCCUAAAUCCGUACGUUGUGGUGUGGGAACUGACGGAAGAUAACUAUAUGGAUGAUCCCAAUCCAAUGUAUUAUGCCUCAUCAGGUGGUGGAUUGGUUGGCUCGCCAUCCAUCACGAUAAAUCUUUCGGGAGGAGGAGGUACUUUGAGUGCCAAUACAGGUGGAUCAAAUUUGAAUGUACAACCAUCAUCAUCAUCGGCUUCAUCAUCACCUGGAACAUCAUCGUCGCUCUCUUCUCAAACUACGAGGGUGAAAAGAUCCAUCUCAUCAAAUUCCCUGACCAAUGUAAAUUUACAACAGCAACAACAACAAUCAUCAUCCAUUGUCAACGGAAAAUAUGCGAUAUGGAAUCGUCAAAUCAAACGAUUGUGUGUUAAUAAUCAACAGUUUCAAUCAACAGCACUUUCUACGUUACAAAUACAGAAAGGAAAGUUGCAAAAGUUGUUAACUAAACCAAAGCAAACAACAGGAGGUGUUGCUCUAUCUUCUGAACCUACAGUUCCCACAACCAUGAACCUGUAUAUUCCAAUCAUUAAUCAAUAUCGGGUUGAUUUCUAUACAUCAAACGACUCUAGAAUCAAGGACUGCAAUAGUAGACAUUGGUCUGCUUGGUAUCGUAAUCCCUACUUUCACCUAUUUAUUGUUCAAACGGAAGACUUGGACAUUUACAAAAAUCACAUCAAACCAAAGCUCAGAAAGUGGGUUGAUUAUAUGAUCGAAAGAGAAUACGAAUAUCUAAUUUGUUAUGUGUCAAGCUCAACAUCAUCAGGAGAUUUGUUUAAAAAAUUUUCGCUCUUCGGAAAGGUUUAUGACAAGCUGAAGAGUGACUUUGCCAAACCUACUUUAUCAACAGGGACAACAAGUUCUAGUGUCAUUACCUCGUCAGUAGGAAGUAGAGUUAUCAAACUUGGACUGCAACAUGCCUUGUCAGGUAACAAUAAGGGCACACAGGACGAUAGCAUGGUUUCAACAGGAUCAACGAGCGCUGCUGUAAAGGAAAUGUAUCAGAGAAUUCAUGAGGGCAUUCUAAACGAGUUCACAAGACGAUCUGCCAAGUACGAAGAUGAAACCAAAAAGACUGAACAAAACAUGAAUCUUCCUGGCUGGCAAUUUUCUCAAUACUUUAUUCAGAAAGAAGGUCUUUCUUUCCUUCUUGAACAAUUUGGAUUAUUUGUCAACUCUCUAGGAAUUUACAAUCAAAUUCUUGGGUUUGCUUCAUCAGAGCGCAAUUUAAUUAAUUAUACAAACUUUUUGAACGCAUCAAACUUGAAAAUUACGAAUAUUUUGGAUGACCUUUAUGAAAACUUUAGAGAAGAAAUAAGAUCAUCAAGAAUAUCAGAGUUCGAAUUUUUGAAUUACGUAUUUUCACGACAAAUGCAUCUAUACUUAAAACUGAAUUCGCCUGAUCAAGUUGCUCGUCUUGGAGCCCUUCAUGUCACGUCCAUGUUGAGACGGCUCGAACAAGAAUUAUUAGGAAACACAGAUAGAGAGGCCAAAAAGUGGACAAAUGAGCAAUUGUAUUAUUACAUGUACAUGCAUGCAUGGGCUUAUUCUAGUGCCUUUUGUAUCUCCGAAGAAUGUAGCAAGUAUCUAAAUUCUAAUGACAUGAAAGACGAAGCAAAGAGAAAUCUCUAUCGACUCUGUGGAGACAUUUAUUUAUAUUGCAGAUACGAAUUUCAGUUAUUGGGAACAGUUUUUAAUGCAGAUGUGUUGUGGGACAAUCUUUUCAUAUCAGGAGAAGGAAAACACUUUGACCUCAGUCUCAAGCAUAUUGACUCAACUGACGAUCUUUUUGCUGGUUUUCCUAUCAUUUCAAGCUUAGAAUACUCUAAAUUAGCACUUGCACAAUCUGGACUUGUUGAUGAGGAAGCAAAAGCUGUUGAAUCAGAAAAAUUUAUUCUUCGCUACAAAUCCAACUAUUUGCCUGCCAUAAUUUUAAAAACUUCGUUGCUUUCUCAAAAAGAUUUUGAUGAUAGAUUUUUAGAGAUCACAACACUUGUGGCAGACUGCUAUAACAACGGUUUGCGGAAUCGUUUCUAUCAAAAGCUGAACGGUGACAUUGCAGCCAUCCAUUUCAGACAAGGGCGAUACAUGGAAGCUUUAAAUUAUUUACAAGGUCAAUUUUCCAUGUAUUUGAGCGAUGGCUGGUUAGGAAUUGCGACUGAUGUAUUGAUUAAGAUGGCUGAAUGUUCUAAACAAAUGCAAGCUCAUCAAUCCUACGUCUCCUCAUGCAUUGACCUCAUAUCAUCAAGUUACACUACGGCAGAACAAAAGAAAUUCUAUUGGAAUGAAAUGAUAGAGACUCUAAACUCGUCAUCAGAGAAUAUUAUCAAGAGAUUGGACGACUCUUCAGCUUCUUUAUACUACACCUGUAUAACACAGAAUGGGCAAAACGAAGCGUACCUAGAGUUGGGAAAAAUGCUAAAUUUGAAAGUUACUGUUGUAAAUGAGUCUCUUAUUGAUGGAUUUAUUGCCCAAAAACUUACACUGACAUUUGUGUUAGUGGAGGAAACCUCUCACAGACUUUUCAUUUCAAGAGAUAUUGGUAAUGUUCCCAUCAAAAGAGGUAAAAACACUUUUGAAAUUGAAGAAUUAAUGCUCAAGUUGGGAACUUACCGAUUGGAAAACAUCAAAUUAAGAAUUGGAGAAAAGCUAGAUCUCAUACUUCUUCCAAAGAAAAAGGAAGAAGAGCUUGUCUAUAAUAGACCAUUUGUUACACUUUCCUCAGAAAAGACAAAACGAAAAAAGUCAGAGUCAACGAUGUCAAAAUCAACAAAAUCCAGCAAUACAGAUACUUCUUCCGAUGUUGGCGAUCAAAUGGAUCAGCUGAUGGAUGACGAAACCUCUUCCUUCACAACCACCACAAUCACAACAAAGAAAGAUAGCUUAAAAUCAGCCUUCCUUUUGCUAGUACUUGAUUCAAGACCAGCUCUCACAAUCGAAACACUGAAAGAACAACUCUUUCUUCUCAACUCCAACCAUUACUUCUCUAUAACAGUUGACACAAAAACUGAUCUUGUAGAAAAAGGUUACAUGGCUAUUCAUUCUCUUUCUCCAAAUUUAAAAGUCUGUCCCGAAAAGAAGGGAUUAAUCAUUGUGGACAAUCAACCAGAGCAAGAAAUCAAUAUUAAUGACUGCUCCAUUUUAAUUCCUAAACUAGGAUAUGGACGUCGCAUCACGUACAAAAUUCCUAUUAAGGCAGAGAGCACCAAUAGCAAUAUACAAUCAAAGGCUCCAGAAGUAUUUAACAUGAGCUUUCAAGCUAAAUAUGAAAAACAGGUCACCAAUGAGACUUUUACACUUUCCAAAACUUUUGAAAUCAGCUUUUUCCAACCAUUCAUAUGUAAAUGCCACACCACCAAACUUUCUCCUGGCAUUUACAUGCUACAACUUGUAGCGACAUGUAUCACACCAAAACCUCUCCAAAUUUCUAAAUAUUCUAUCACUCCUACAGAUACAUUCAAGAUUUUGAAAGAUUAUAAUGAACAUCUUUUCUCUCCCAUCAAACCAAUGGAAGUAUUCAGUGAGGAUGCAGUUUCAUUCACAUUUAAGGUGGAAGUGCCGAACCCCAAGUCGUACACUCCUCCUUCUAUGGAAAUUACUUUCAGCAUUCCAACCCAAGAUGCCACUGCUUUUUAUCAUUACACUGUCCCAUGUUUGUGCAUUGAGGAUGAAAUUGAACCAGAGUACUCGAUUGAUAUUCGAUGUUUUCCUCAUUAUAAGAAUGAAUCUCUUUCUCCAAAGUUGGAUAAAGGUGACGAUGAUGACGAAGAAAUUGAACUCAUUUCAUCAAAGAAAUCAAGCUGUCAAAUCGUUGUGGGUCGAUCUUGCAUUAUGGAACUCGAAGUCGACAAAUUGAAAACCUACAGUAGCAAUUCGACAUUGGACAGCGGAAAGGACACAAUUCUUUUAUUGGACAUUUCUGCCAAUCCAGAUCAUUGGGUCAUCUCUGGUUCCAAUCGAAUUGCACUCAACCGAAAUUGGACGAAACCUGUGCGUGCCGAAGUGACGCUCAUUCCUUCAUCGAGUGGUCAUGUCACUCUUCCAACAGUGGAUAUUAUUCGAAAAUCGAUAUCAACUGGAGUCGAAGAGAGUCUGUCAUCACUCAUUCAAAGAUCUUAUAUUGGAAUGGAAAAUAAGGGAAGAGUGUUGGUACUUCCUCCUUCAACCAAAGAUGUCAUGUUUGGCCCAAUUUUCCCAAUUAAUUUCCCAAACAUUGAUCUUUCAUUACUUAAUAUGGUGAAUGUACAAAGCCCAUCCUCUCUUUUUCCAACCGCGAGUUCAAGCUCAUUAAGUGGUGGAAAUUCUUCGCUUAAUGGAGAAUCAGCGAUAGACAUUAAGCCAAUCCCACUUAGAACAGUUGUGAACAGUAGUGGCAGCAAGAAAGGAGAGGGAGCCACAACACCACACUCAGCCUCUGGUAUGAUGCCUCAAGGUGGUUCCUCCUCGAACAUCAGCAAGGACGAUGAUGUGGAUAAUGGUUCAACAUGGAAUGAAGGACCACUUGGGAGACAAGCUCAAGAUCUUAAUGCAGUUGAGUAUGAACAGUUUGUGACACCAAAUAUUGUUGACUCGUCCUCAGAAAGCAAUUCUGCUGCUGUAAAUCCAGUAGCCAUUCCAAUCUCUAAAAUUGCAUCACCACCUCCUCACCUCAAGGCAAGUGAACGUUUAAAAUUGUUGCCAAAUUCUCCAAGACCUACUCCUCGAACAGCGAUGAUUCAUAUGCGACGAAGAGGAAGCAAUGUUCGUCACUCACGAACCAAGUCAGAGUAUCUUUCGUUCAACUCGGAAAUGGAUGAUGGACCAAAAACCGAUAUUCCAGUGGCAGGCAACGACAAUACAACGACACAACACGAGGCGCAGCCAACCCUUAAUGCUCCUUUUUUGAGCGAAGGUGAAGUUUCAGAAGGCGAGCCAGAAGAUGUUUCUGAUGAGGAAACUCCUUCGAAUUAA